GUGACAUUAUUUGUUCUUAUUCACACUACUAUAGUGACGUGCCCAACAAAAGAGUCAUCUUCUUAUCUCUAGUUGUAUGUAUGGCAUUGUGUCUCUCUUAAUGGCUUUCUGUGUGUCUCUCUGCUGCUACACCUCCUUCCCUUCUCUUUCCCAUUUCUCAAAAACUUUGACAAGGAAACAUGUCCGUUCUUCUUUCCCUUUGAUUUGUGCAGUUCAAUCCGGCGAACCAGGUGGCAGCUCACAGUCACAGCCUAAGAGUUCUGAUGCUUCCUCAUCCUCCUCUACUACUGCUCCUAAGACUCUUCCUAAGAAACCUGUUUAUUCCAUGAAGAAAGGUCAGAUUGUGAGGGUGGACAAGGAGAAAUAUCUCAAUAGCAUUAAUUAUCUUUCUGUUGGGCACCCACCCUAUUACAAAGGAUUAGACUACAUUUAUGAAGACCGUGGUGAGGUCUUGGAUAUGCGUAUAUUUGAAACAGGAGAGCAUGCACUUGUUGCAUGGGUAGGAGUCCCCACUGCUCCAGCUUGGCUUCCUACAUACAUGCUUAUCAAGUCAGAGAAGCUCAAUUAUGAGAGGCUAUAACACUCCUUUUCUUCUAGUAUUGUAAGAUGCGAGAUUCAAGAAGAUUGAUUCAAAAUACCAUCAGAGACGCCCACCAUACCCCAUUUUAGUUGAGCUGCGUGAUCAAUUCGAAUGACUACUGUCAAUUAUUUGGAAAAUUUAGUUGUGCUACCCAGAUGAUGUUUUCGGCCAUGACUAUCAUUGUAUUUAUGCUUCUAUAUUUUAGUUUUUAAUAAAUGACAUAGUUAAAGAUAUGAUGCACAUCAAGGGCAAUCAUCAGAAAAAUAACGAGAUGUGAAAAUCAACUGCAAAUACACUUCAUUUGCACCUGUAGGUCAAAUAAAGCACUAAAACAAAAUGUUUUUUUAUA